AUGGGAUGUUUUAAAUGUAUAAAGGCUUGAUUGCAACGAAAAAACGCACGGUGAUUUUAAAAUAGAACACAAAACCUUAAACCAGAAAGCCACAAACGAACCAACUCUGGCAAGCCAGAAGAAAUCUGAGAACUAAAAUCUUCUACCUUGAGAACUUCAACUACAAGGACUGAGUCUAUUGAUAUGACCCCUCCCAAAACAUACCACAAAUCAACAAUCGUUGCUGGAAAUAAAAUUAUUUCGGUAAUUAACUGUCCUUCUUAUACAAAUAAUGAGCCUGGCAGUCCAAAUAAAUUAGAAAUCAGUGAUAGGCUGAAGACGGAGAGGAAUAAAGACUCUUUUUUCGAAAGCGGAAACGAAGAAAACAGCAUGGGGUUUGAAACGCUGAAUAAGAUCGCGAUUAUUACUGGCUCAGCAGACUAUUGUGUAGAUUCACCUAUGGUUCAGUAA